AUGACGACGCAGGACUACUCAGACACGCAUCGCCUCUUUCUCCAGGCCGUCAUCUCCAGGCGAUUCAUGAAGGAGAAGGACGCCAUCGACCUCUACGCACACGUCUCACCGUUCGACCAGGAUGACUUUACGGAUUUCAUCAACACUGUGAAUAAUUCCCUCGGCAGUUUGGAGUUUGAGAUCAGGAGGGCGCAGGAUGAGGACAACGGAGACAAAAUCUUGACCCUGACAAACACGAACGAACAAACGAUUGCACAGGUCGCCACGGGAUACACUCCUCUGGAACUCGAAUACUUCAAACACUUGCUGGACGCAAUUGUGACGGCGGAUGAUGAGUUGUACUGCAUCAGUUCGACGGCGGCUGUAAACGAGGCUUCGAAACUGAAGAACAAGGAGAACAAGUCGUUACAAUUGACCAAGGCCGGUGCUGAGGACCUGCUCAGCCGGUUUGUUCAGGACAAGUGGCUCAUCAGAUCAAAGAAGGGAGCAUUGUCAUUGUCGACGAGGACACUUCUGGAACUGCAGUCAUUCUUGAAGGAAGCAUACGAAGAGCAGAUGCAGGAGUGUACGCUGUGCAUGGAGAUCAUCACUAAGGGACAACGCUGUAACGUGGCGGCGUGCGCGGCGAGGUUGCACCAGCACUGUGCAAAGACUUACUUUGCGAACAUGAACAACCCGACUUGCCCCUCGUGUCGCAGUCCCUGGGAUGGUAAGACUUUGAUUGGUCUGCCUCCCAACGUUGAGGCUCCUCAUACCAUCCGUCGUCGAUAA